AAAAUGGGAGCAAAAUUCAGCAGCUGCCUCGCCUGCAGUGCUGGCUGCCCCAGUGUGCUGUUUUCCCUUCCAGGAGCCGUGCAGAUGCGCCAGAUGUGCCAGAUGUGCAGCAGCUCCGCGCCGGCGCCCUGGGAGCUGCCCCGGCCCCUCCAGUUUCUGCGAUCCUGAGACAGAUGAACCCAAGAAUGAUGAACAUAAUGACAUAACUGGACGUGGGUGUGGUCAGGAUAAAAAGGAGCAGACUCCUGAAACGCCCAUUCCUGUCCCAAGAGGUGGAAGCAAGGAGAGUGCUGGAGUGGAGGAGGAAUGCAGAACUCAGUCUCUGGGUGGGAAUGCUGCACUCAAGCAUGCAGAGCAGCAGCAGCCUGCAGCUUCUCCAGAGCAGGGGAUGCAUCUGCACACGGCACCAGCUGGGUCUCACCAAGGACACAGACAUCCAGGCAAAGGUCUCCUUGCCCAGGAAACAUCCCUGCACAGCAGCCCUGACGAUGUUCCCCUGGAGGGAGGCACCCAGAGGAGGCUGCAGCCUUCUGAGGAGCAGCGGUACCAGGAGCUUGCUCUGGAGAUCAUUGCCAAAGACAGAUCUCUGGAGGACAUUCUCAUGCCUCAUCCCCUUAGAAAAACUGCCUUGAACCUGAUGGAGAGUUUGUUUCCUGUCAACAUUUCCAUGCUGGAUAAAUCACGCAGGAAAAGGGGAAAGGCACAGCGUGUGCAGGAGAAUGACAGGAAAAGUCAUGGAGAUGGACCAGAAGAAUGUCCAAAAUCUGAGCAUGAAACCAAGCAAAGGAGCAAAUAUCCUGCCUCUAUAAGAAACCAAGUCCUGAAGAGGAACAGGGACAGCACAAAUGAGCUAGAUGACCUCACAUCUAAGAAACUGGAGCUCAUGGCCAGUGUCCAAUCCAGGCUGCAGGCGUUGUGGGAGGAGCAGGAGCUGGUUCUCCUGGAAGUCAGGGAAUGUGCCAGGUGGGGCGAGGAGCUGGAGGUGCUGCUGAGGGAGCUGUGCAAGCCGCAGGAGUUUGAGCGCUACCUGAUGUUCAUCGGGGACCUGGAGAAGGUGCUGAGCCUCCUGCUCUGCCUGUCCAGCCGCCUGGCCCGCGUGCAGAACGCCCUCAGCAGGACGGAUGGCAACACAGAGCCCGAGGAGAAGCAAUCGCUGAAUGAACGGCACCAGCUCUUGUCUCGGCAGCGGGAGGAUGCAAAGGACCUGAAGGAGAAUCUGGACAGGAGAGAACGUGUGGUCUCUGGAAUCCUUGCCAAAUACCUGACAGAGCAGCAGCUCCAGGACUAUCAGCACUUUGUUCAAGUCAAGACCUCCUUGCUGAUUGAACAGAAGGACCUCGAAGAGCAGAUUAAAUUUUUUGAAGAACAAUUAGAAAAUCUCGAGCAAAGCAUCCCCAUCUAACACCCACCAUCAGGCCAGACAUUUUUAUAUGUGAUGUUACCCUGGGAAUCCACAGGUACUCUCAUCACGGGGCUCAGUUUGGUGGAUUCUUCCAAUCCUGUUUGUGCCACUGACAAGUGUUCAGAUGCCCUGGGAUGCUCCAGGCACACUCUGGGCAUGCCCUCCACUUGGACAGUGUGUAAGAAACUGCCUUGUGGACAUGACUGAUAGGACUCAUUGCUCCUAUCAACUGAAUGUGUAUUUCCCCUUCCUCUUGUCUGUCCAUCUGUUUCCACAUUGACAUCAUCUCAAUAAAAGAACCGUACAAAUA